GAUUGCGUAUGUCCCGGGUUCCUUUUGGUUCCUGACAUCUUACAAUGUUCCAUAUUGCUUUACCUAGUAUCUGAUUCGACUUUAUUAUUGCAUGAUGGCGUCGGAGGACGCGCCACUACACUUUCAAGAUGCCAAGUCGACUCCGAUGCUGUGGCACGUCUUCAACCGUCGGUCACGGUCAAACCGGGUUAAAACAAUUGGCUUGUCAGUAAUUGCAUUGUUCUUCUUCUUUCUUAUGCUACAGUCUUCUUCAACGCGAGUCGAUCCGGACUUUUGGACCAAGUUUCCCUCUCGCCAUCCUUUCCCCCAGCGCCCAGAAGACGCCCAGGUCCUCCUCCCUCCCCGCACCGAUAUUAAUGUCAACGAUACCCUCCCCCACAAUCUGGACAAACCCAACCCGCGCUUGCAUGUCUUAGUCCCAGCCUCGCAGGGCUCGCGCGGAGUCUGCCGAACGCUCACGUCGGCUAUGAUCCUUGGAUACCCACCGCCGACAUUAAUCGGUUACGGGCAUGACUCUCCCGGAGCGACCGAGGCCGAGCGCAUGGUGGACCGGAUCACGCGCGUGCGCAAUUACCUCCGAGACAGCAAAACCGUGCAUGACCGCGACUUCGUGCUUAUGGUGGAUGGCGCAGACAGCUUCUUCCAAUUGCCGCCGAAGAUCCUAGUGGAGCGGUUCCAGGCUAUCAUAAGGGCGAACAACCGAAAGCUGCGGGCCAAGUUUGGGUUCGCAGAAGUGGAGGGCCAAAAGGCUGGGGCUGCGCCUGAGAUGGUACAGAAAUACACCCAGCGCGUUCUUUUUGGUGCAAGCAAGAUGUGCUUCCCCGGGUUGCUGGACGAUCCCGGUUGUGUAUCUGUUCCCGAAUCAACUCUACCUCCUGAUGUGUAUGGCUGGAAGACUGAUGUCUACCCGGAUGGAUCUCUGAACCGACCCCGGUGGCUGAACCCCGGAGCGGUCAUUGGUCAGGCUGCGGAUCUGCGUCUGAUCUACGAUGAGGUCCUGCGGCUAGUUGAGUUGCGCUCGAACAAGUCUGGAGAUUACCAGGCUCUGACGCAGAUGUACGGAAGACAAGAGGUGGCCAGAGAACUGGAGCGGCGGCGAACAGCCAACGACUUCAAAGAGUUGCUCUACCGGAUGGUGGGCAUCUCGGAUGCAGCAAACAUCACCGGAAUCAACCUCCGGCUGGAGACAGGUCACCGUUACGAGUACGGUAUUGGCGUCGACUUCGAGUCACAACUCUUCUUCAACCAGAUCAUGUCCCGCAGGGAUGUCGAGUGGGUUAAGUACGGCAACAUCACGAAGAUGUCCGCUUUACAGAUGGAACACGGCGUCCCGCGCGAACACCGUCUCCUCCUACCGCAGGAUAUCGCAGCACUCCCCAACCCAUUCAUCCAGUCCCGCUUCGCAAAAGAAUCAACCCAGCGACCAGUAUGGAAUGCCACGCUUGACAAACUCCCGAACCCGCGCGAACGCACCUGGCACAACAUCUCGCUUAUGACGAAUGCCCACUCCGCCUCGGUGCCGGUAAUCGCCCAUCUCAACGGCGACCCCAAACUCCGCAACACCUGGUGGGAGAAUAUGUGGUUUUUCCCAUGGGGACGCGCCCUACUGCGGAAAUAUGUCCGCGACUCACACGGGUUCGACGCUGCACAGUCAUCGCUACUGGGCGGGCAAAACUGGUUGGAGGUGCGCGGAGGCCGAGGUGGGGUUUGGACCGAUCACGCAAACUGGAUCACUCUUUCUGAGGUUUGCAAUGGUCAAGAAAGAGAUCUCUUUGAUGAUGACCUCGGACCAUGGGAUAAGGAAAAUGAUGACCCAGAUGAUCCGGUUUACAACCAGUAUGGAAGUCUCAUUGCUGGGAAGGAAGAGAAAUCCGACUAAAGCUGGACUUUGAGUUGUUAUGCUCCCCCUGUUCCUCACUAUACCAUUCUCAACGGAUCGAUGGGCUGCCGGGUUAUUGAGACAUCCCGUCCAGCUCACCGUCCCACCAAGCCACCUGCUCUCCGCUAUAUCUCCACGCCGAGGUCUAAGCUUAUCAAGUUCUGGACAUUAUCCGAAUUUUGGAGUUUGGAUGGUUUUUGUCUUUUUGCAUGACCGGCAUGAUUGGAUAAGCCGUUACUAUGAUGGCGUGGCCGGAUUCACAAAUGAAUUCAGAUUUAUUCUUAUGUCGAAGUUGGGGAUUCUUUCGACAGUUAUUGGGAAUAGCUGUACAUUAUCGGGACUGGCUUUGUAUGAUACCACAAUAGAUGGAACUUUGGAAGAAGCCCUUUGGUGAGGCUGGCGUAUAUAGAACGCAGCAGAAUGAACAAGUUGGAAGUAAGCCUUCCUCUCUC